AGUUUGACAAACACUGAGUCGACGAGCUGAUUGUUUGGCAUUCUCUCCUCUCUCUCUUUCACUCCUCCACAGCCGAGAUGUGACGGAUACCUGGGAUACCUCGUCCCUGAGUCACGCCCCCCUUCUGUUAUCCACACGGAUGUUACGUGGGUGGACAUUUCUAUCCACUCUUUUCCUGCUGACACGGGUUUCUGGCGACGUCUUUCUUUUUUCGUGAUUUUUGAGGGUGAUUAUAGACGUCGUUUCUAAAACGAAUCUCACUUUUAUUUUAAUCGAAAAUGAGUGAUGAUGAUUCGAGCGAUGGUGAUCCUGGAAUAGUCGUGACCCGAUGGCCGGUACAUAAGACAAUCCUGAUCCCUAAAACAGAGCAGGGCUACGGCUUCACCCUCAGGCAUUUUAUCUUCUACCCCUCCAGCACUGCCGCACAGGAACAGAAUACAGAAAGAGACAAAAAUGACAACAGAAGUCAGGGUACCUCUUACAAACGUCUUAGUUUCGUGGAUCCUACGGACACCAUCUUCGUUAAAAAUGUCCGGACCUACAGUCCAGCUUACAACGCAGGUUUAAAGACUGGUGAUCGAGUAAUAACCGUGAACGAUCAGCCAGUAUCCCAGAAGUCUUACGCUCAGGUGAUCGGACUGAUACAGCAAAGCGAGGGGAUCUUAAAACUAGAGGUGCUGCCAAAAGACGACGACGAACAGGAGACAGAUCUCUUGGUAAAACACGAGACCACUGAAUGUAUAUAUCAAGCAACAACCUGUAAAAGUCCAAACGACGGCAGAACUGUGUCAUUUUCUCCCAGGAAGUUUAUUUCGAGUGAUGAUCUACGUGAAAGACCGAGGUCUCUUCUAGCUCGAGAAGAAAUCGCUCCAAAGUCAGAGGACAGGAUUCUUGUUAAAAGCAUGGAUCCCCCAAGUAAACUAAAGACCUCGACUUCUUACACCUCGGGACUCAGUGUUUUUCGUGAGCCAUGGAAUUCCGCGGGGGGCGGUAUCCGGGAAUCCCCCUCGCGAGAGUUCUCGGAGCGGAGGAUGGAUUUCGAGACACGAGCCAAAGAAAAUCAAGAGAUGCCCCCAAAUAAAGCGUAUUCUUUUGGAUUAUUUUACAACGAUAAGACCCGAUCGGCCAGCGAUCUGACGUCGUCCGUGCCGCGCCGUCAGGAGCACGUGCUUCACCCCACCGAUUCUCAGGAAAAUAUUUCUAAAUCCAACGUUAGUCAGACUAGAGUUAUCCCCCUGGAGAAUAGACAUUCAAGGGAGAUUACUCAGGACAAAACAGGGUAUACAUCUUCACGUCAUAGCUUUCCUGACUCCAUUUCGAGUCGGACUUCUUCAUCUUUGUCAUCAGGAUUACAAAACACAUCGAAUUCUAAGUCUGAGUACCACACGACAACAAGGCAAUAUAUCCCAGUGGUCUCAGCUCAACCGUCAGUGAUGCCGCACAAAAUGUCGGCAAGUGUUGACAGCUUAGACUCCAGUGCCAGUUAUCACACUCCGGAGAGAAAAGUCCGAACACGGAUAUACGAGCAACCACAGCAAGGGGGAGGAAGGACGUUUAUUGUGAAAAUCGGGGACAGACAUUACGAAGGGGGGGUUAGUCAGGGGAAUACCAAAAGUGACUUAACAGGAAACGCAGCCAAACAAGUCCCGCGGUAUGGCACAGCCUUCGCGCUGACCAGAUCUCCAAUGUCUGAGGGUGUUGAACAAGGGCGGGUGGUCUCCCAGAAAAAAUUCAUGUUUGAAAAUGGCAAAAGUGACCAGAUUCCGCCCAAACCGCCUGUGGAUUGCUACAAAACGGAAAUUGAUAAGAUCACGUCUCACGGGAAGUUCAGCAGUGUCGCCACCAGAGUGCAGAGUUUUGAGAAGGAAGACACACCACCGAGUUCAAACAUUCGAAUCCGGAGGCGUUCCUCACAAGAACGCUGUGUUUCCAUGCCACCAGAAUCUUCAGUCCAAUCAAAUCAUCCCUCUCAAACGCCUUAUCAAGAAUCUGCACCAAUCAGAAUUUAUGUCUCACAGGGGUCAGGGAACACUUCGGGCUCUCCUAUAGUUGAAAUAGUUCCUAUGUACCCGAACAGUGGCAAUAAAACUGUGACCUCCCCAAAGGAAGUGACAUCACAGCCUGUCAUUCAUAUCAAGCAGUCGGAUGACAUCGACGGCUCGGCACUGAGUCGACACAAAGAAGACGAAGAGGGCAGCCAUUCUUCUAAACCUGUCCGAAAACCCUCCUUUUUAGCUGCUAUAAAUGGCUCUCAACAACGAUUCAGCACUUCUCGUAGAAGUCCACGAGACCUAGAAUCACCAGACUCCUCAAAUGUCAAUCAUUCCAGUCCCCCCUGGGGAAGUCCCCUACCCCCCAGCUCCUUCUCCUCAGAACCAGAUGUUUUCGCCAGCUCUAUUUGUACGGAAAUAGCACUGACUAGUACCCCAGUCAAGGAACCAGCACAGACCGUCGUACUGAGAAAAAAACCUAAAAUUUUGCCUGUGUCUACCUCAGACGACCUUCUCCUUCCAAGUUCUCCGAUCAAAGACAUCAAUUCCACUGUGGUACUACGACGUAAGUCAGAAACCUCUCCUGAAGAUGAGGCCAUCAAAUUGCAGCGACGGACAUCGUAUCUCAUGGCAACCGCCAAGGACAGGGACUCACACAAGCUGUCAUUGGACAAGACACACUCUCCCAGCCAAUCACAGACAGAGAUACAUGUUCAGAUUACCCCCCAGAAACCCUCCAUGAGGAAACUGAAGUCUUUCUUUGGAGAAAAAACACCUCGGAUUAUUGAGGCCACAGAGAGGAGACAGGACCCCUUCCCCCUCUCACAGAAAGCCAGUGACAGGUCUUGGAAGCCAGUGUGGGUGGAGCUUAGAGGUCAUGCCCUCUACAUCUCAAAGGAAAACAAAGAGAAAAAAGAUCCCGCCCUGAUUCACACAUUCAAUUUUGAUGACCAGCCAAUUUCCAUCAAAUCCUGCCUGGUGGACAUAGCUCAUGACUACACAAAGAAAAAGAAUGUGUUCCGAUUGAAGACCUUUAAUGGCUCAGAGUACCUGUUCCAGGCGGAGGAGAACGGAGCCAUGCUGGACUGGAUCAAGGCCAUCCAAUCCAACAACAAUCCAGAUUCUGAUGAGAGAGGGAAGAUGGAGACUGACCUAAUUCUCCGCAGUCGGAACCAGAUGGAGCUUCAGUCGGCCCCGACCCUCACCUCUCACGGAUCCACCACCUCAUUACGGACCUCCCCUCAGGUGGCCCCUAAAGCCCCCAAACAGAGCAGCAAGACCAAACUCAUCAAGAUACCCCACUCCCCCAGCAUCAAGAGGAAAGGCAAAGAGUCCAAGAGUUGGGGAUUGUCCAAGUUUAAGAGUUUCCGUAAAGGCAGCAGUGUGUCUUCCCAUCCGGGGGAUUCCGAAAAUAACGACAUGUUCGGAGUACCUCUGGAGUGUUGCAUACCUUCACCUAACAAUGACUUUGUGCCAAUGAUUGUUGACCUUUGCACCAAAAUUGUUGAAGCACGAGGGUUAGAGGUCACUGGGGUGUAUCGGGUCCCAGGUAAUACGGCUGCAGUUAAUAUGAUGAUGGAAGAACUAAAUAAGGGUAUAGACAAUAUGAACGUGGACCACGAGAAAUGGUGUGAUGUCAAUGUAAUCAGUAGUCUACUGAAAACCUUCUUCAGGAAUCUCCCCGAUCCUCUCAUUACCUCAGCCUUAUACCAGGAUUUUAUCGACGCGAAUCGUAUCGAGGAUCUGGAGAUGAGAAUGCUGAAACUGAAGCGGCUGAUACACACGCUACCAGAGCAUCACUUUGAGACGUUCAAACACAUCGCGGAACAUCUUAAUACCGUGGCCAGUUUUGGUCAUCUCAACAAAAUGGAUGCUAGAAAUCUGGCAAUUGUAUUUGGUCCGACUUUGGAUAAUAGAGAACACAUACACAUAUAGGAUAUGUCUGACCAAUGUAGGAUAAUAGAGAGCAUCAUUUUACAUAAUGACUGGUUCUUCAGUUCGUGGGAUCAGGACAGUUAUGUCCCCCUGGAGGAGGGUCGGGAGGAUGACGAGGCCCCCUCCAAUCCCUCUGUCUCCAAAAUGAGCUGUGACGAAGACGAUAACACGGUGAACCCGCGGGACAUUGUUUCCUCAAUAGUGCAAGCAGCCAAUCAAAAGAUGCGUAAGAAAUCGGCUCCGGCUCUAGGGGAGGAUCUCAAUGUUAGUCUGACAGACGGGGGAUUCCGCGAGAGAAACAUAGACCUAGAAAUCAAACACCGAAAAAUGAAAUCGACAGCAGAAAUGAAAGCUCGGAGCAGUCCAAACUUACCAGCAAUGGCCGCCAGUCAUCAAGACUCGAGGAUUCCGUCAUCUAACCGGUCGUCAGAUAACGUUCCAGAGCGUCGACUGGCGAUGUCUCACGAAGGGAUCGAUUCUUCAGAGUGGGAGGACAUGAAGAGAGAGAGAACGGGAUCCAAUUUAUAUUCCAAAACCCGACACUUCUCCUCAGACUCCCUGGACACUCGAGAGGAGAUGGAAAUGUCACAGAGUGCAAGUCCGACAUUUAGCCAUUCUACGAUCGAGGCUCUCCGAAAAAUCGAAGAAGAGGCUAGGGCGCUCCGGGAGAAGGAAGAGAGGAGGCAGCAGAGGGAUCUAGAGAGGUGGAAAAUAGAACGACAGAGGCAGGAAAGCAGUCGUAGAGAAUUGGAGGCCGAAAAAAGUAAAAGCAAUGAGAAUCUGUUGGAUUUUCAUAUUGGAUCCAUUUGGCAUUCCACAUCUGAUAUUUUUAACAAACUUGCCAGAGGUGAGUCCAAGGAAGUUCUGGAGAGGAAACUACCUGGAGGGAAAUAUGACCGUAACUCUACAGCUAGUGCUUCUGACAGGUCGGAGGGCUCUCGAAAAAACAGCACAGGGAGUAAUUCUGGAGGGAAAUAUUUCGUGAUUCAGAGUCUAGGAUCUCGGAAUAACAGUCGUGAUCGGCUGUCACAAGGCAGUGCUGAUUCCCCAGUGUUUCCUAGUAAGCGAGCGGGGUCUAUGGAGCGGCUUUUAGAAUCCCCCAAAAAAAACUACUUAUCUCCUCCACCCAGAAACUACCCAGGAGAAAAGGGACAGUCCAGAGUUGCUGGACGAGAUAAUCGAGAACGACGAAGCUCUCGGAAACGUCUCAGUCGAAGUGAUUCGGCACGGAGAGGCUCGCUGGAUUCUCUGAUAAAUCUGGGUCGUCAGUGUUCCCAUCAUUCCUCCGACUCGGACGAAGGUUCCGACCUUCUCUCUGAUCUCACGUCAACCUUUGAUCAAAAACUUCAGAUUUUAGUGAAUCCGAAAAAUGUGCUUAGUGGAAGUGGUGUUAAAACGACUCAAGAAGUGCUGGACAAAGAAAGUGCUAUUUCGUGUCUUCCUCCCCAGAAACCCUUAGCACAAGCACAAUGCAAUAAGUUUGGUUUGUGCAGUAGUAAUGACAUGCUUGAAAAGCAAUAUAGGGACCCAAGUCUUCACAGAUCACCCAAGGAUGCAAAAAUAGGAAUUGCAUAUCGAUUCGAGAGAAGCCCACUCAGUAAUACAGUUACCACAAGUCAGCAGGACGUUGUGGAUGGAAACAGUGAUUUUAGCAGUGGGUUGUAUCCCCGUGAGGAGACGAGAACUUCAGCAACCACACUUCUACCCGUGUCUGCUCACGUACAGGAAAUCAGAACAAUCUCUAGCAAUAUGUACGGAUCCAAAGAAUUUCGCCCUAGCGGUAAGACAGAGAGGACUGAGAUCAGCAUACCCCUCAACAGGCAGCAGGAGAAGGGACCUCAGUAUCAGGCUCGUUACGGAAGAUCAUCCAGUACGCCGAAAGACUUCGAACUUGACGUUAAUCUCGCAAGAGCUCAAAAUUCAAGGGAAAGUAAUUCUCAAAAGCGAGUGUUUUCACCUCCGCCAGAGAGGCGAAAAGAAAAACGCCAAAAGCGCCGUCACACUGUGGGUGGUACAGACGACCUGGAGCACUUCAAGGCGCUGAUGACGGUCGUUAAUCCGAAGGACGAUGGGUCUCCGAAAAUAUCCGCCUGGGAUCAACUCCAGCCUGCAGUCAAGGACAUGCCUCGGGGGUCGCAACGGUCCAUGUUGUCAUGGUUACAAAACGAGAGGCUGCGGGAAAGUUCUCCCGAUUUAUCUGUCGAUCAGGAAUCAAGGCCAAAGUUUUAUUGAUGACAAAUUAUGGUGUAUAUUUAUCAUAUCUCAUCUGAUCAGAGCCCUCUGUUAUGUUAAAAGCCCCCGGCUGCCUUACUAUGUUUGUUUUAUUUGAGGUCUUAUUCAUGCUUCAGAAUUGUUUUUUGAAGAUAGCAUGUUUAACAUGUGAUGGACAAAUCAAAAGAAAUGAGAAUCAAACUGGUUUUUUCCCCCACAAAAUUUUUGCAAUUUUUUUUUCAUCUGAUGAAAAACUUGUUGAAAGCUUUUUGUGCAUCAUUUCAUUGUAAGGAGGAUGGGAGGCUUAAUUUCAGAACUAAAUUAUAUUUAAAAUGCAAUAAUCAUUAUGUAAUCACAUAUGAUAAUUUCUUAUGCCUUUAAAAGAAUAAGAAUGCUACAUAAAAAAUGUCUCGCAACACAACUGUUAAUUCACUCUGCCUCCAUUGGACUGCAAAAUUUGUGUUUUUUUCAGCAAGACUGAAACUUUCUUAUUUUUUUAAAAAAAUAUAAUAAUCAGAAUAUACAGGUGUGCAGGUCACAUGAUUCGGCUAGAUACGAGUUUAGGUACGCACAAACUGAGAUUAAGUUACUAUUAAUGAUUGUUGAUAUUUAAACAAGAAUUUUAUAACCAAGAGUCUCGCUGCAGCAAAUUAAAAGUUGUAACAUAAAGGUACCAUUUGUAAUGUUGUCCCAAGAUAUUGUAAGGUCUUUCAAGUGAAGACGGUUU